UCUUCACGUGUGUAGCCUUUUCUCAUCUAAUUUAGUAUAGAAGAACUUUAAAAGAAUUCUAAAGUCAAAAUGGGAAAAUUCAGAACAAAACUUAAGCGUCACGAAAAAGGAAAAACAUGGAAAAAAGGGCACUCAUCAACAUCUAACCCUGAGAAUAUGAAAUAUCGCUCUAGAGCUAAAUCAAGAUUUUUCCAAGCAAAUUUGAAUGCUGGCAAUGAAGUUAACAAACCCCAAGGACUUACUGUGGAAGCCCUUAUGAAACAUGAAGCAAAAUUACAAUAUGCAACUGGAUUGCAAGAUCCAACUGUUAACGAAAUUUGUGGCAGUAUAAAGUCUCUUAGCUUUGAUGGAAGCAUGCAAUCCGAAUCUGAAUUGGGAACAUUUAAAACUUUUCAGACUUUUGCGUCCAGCUACAGCUCGUGCUCAAAUAUGAGUUUCAAAAAAUUGUUGAACGGUUUUAGAUCCAAUUCUCAAAGUCACAAAGAAAUGCUAGCAAUUUUAACGGCACUUACUGAAAUAAUUAAAGAACGUGGUGGUAAAGAAACGUCAACGGAAUAUUUUAUUUUACUAAUGGAAACAAUAGAAGCAAGUACAGGUGAUUCUGAAACUAUUGCAGGAAUUUCACUUCUUGCAAUGGGAAUUAAAUCUGUUCCUUUGCCAGUGCUAAGAAAAAAAUUUUCUGAAACUGCGAAAACUUUAUUAGAUUUAUUGGAGCACUUUAUGAAUGGCAACAACCCCGCAGUUAUUAGGCAGAUAAUAGGAUGUCUUUCAGUUUUGCUACGGGCACAAGAUUUUUCGACUUGGAGCUAUUCUUCAACAAUGAGGUACCUGGAUGCGAUUCUUUCUUUUACAAUUUAUUCGAAACCAAAAAUUCGUAAAGCUGCUCAACAUGCAGUGGUUUCUAUUAUUCACGGGAGCUCAUUUAUGAUUCAACCUACCACAGAUCAAAAUAGUACUAAUGAUUCACAUGCAAAGAUUUUUCAUCCAGGUGGAGGUCGUGUUGCCAAGUUUUGCUUAAAUCAGUUCAAACCAGAAGUGUUAGCUACUUCUGAAACAAUCGUUCUUCAUUGCUUACAAUUACUAAAAGAUACGAUUAGUGGGCUUAAAACAGAAGAUGCUAGAGAAAUUUGUGAAAGUGUGUUAUCAAUUAUGACAACACCAAACGUUUUAUUACGGACUAGCUGCUUCCAAGUUUUACACUCAUUAUUUUCAUCACGGCAAACAAAUCUAACAGGGGUUCUCUGUGGCAAGUUAAUAACUGCAAUUUUUGAUUACAGACCUGAUAAAAAUGAUAUAAGGCAAACUCUUGCUUGGUUAACAGUGCUUAAACAAGGCCACAUUCACAUGAUGAACUUAGAUAAAAAUAUUGGUUUAAGUUCUUUGACAAAACUAGUGGAUAUCUGUUCUUCAGAUUUAUGGAUGUCAGACAGGCAGGAAAUUGUUGCUGGUGCGUCAAAUUGCUUGAAAGAAGUGCUGUAUGAAUGCGUUAAACCAAUAUGUUCAUCUACAAAAUUUGCAGACAUAAAUCGACAUAGAAUUACGGAAAUUAUUAACUUAUUAGGACGGGCAUUAUCUUCACCAUUUGGAGAUGUUGCAAAAUAUGUUAUUUUAACAUUCUCUAUUUUAUUUGAAGUUGUAGGUGAAAAUUUUACAGUAGAAUUACUGCCAUAUGUUCAAGCUUUAGGUAAACGUUAUGACUCUCAUAAUUCAUUAAGUGUACACAUUGAACAUUCAAUUAUUUCGGCUAUUAAGGCUCUUGGGCCUGAAAAUGUCCUUGAAGCAAUUCCAUUAACGAAUGCUAAAGGCGAAGUUGUUUUGGAAAAAUCUUGGUUACUACCACUUUUGCGUGAAGGCAUAAAUAAUGCAUCAUUAAAAUUUUUUGCAACAUAUAUUCUUGAAAAGGCUUUUGAUUGCAAUAAAAAAUGGAAGAAAUUCGCAGAAGAAGGUCAAAAAUCGCCUGCACAUAUACAUGAAUUACUGUGUUGUCAAUUAUGGGGACUUUUACCUGGAUUUUGCCGAAAUCCAAAAGACCCAGAGAAUUUCAGUUUAAUAGCAAAAACACUUGGUAAUGCUGUUGUAAGUAACGUGGAAUUUAGGGCUCCAAUUUUGGAUGGAAUAUGUGAACUGAUUGCUAGCCCAGAGGAAGUUAAUAAGGAGCUAGCUAAAUUUGCCAAAAAUUUUCUCCCGAGAUUAUUUAAUGUUUACAGUGCUAAACCAUCUGGCUCAUAUGAAGCUGAUUUAAGGAAAAAAACAUUAGAAACAAUAAAACAAUUUUUAACUAUUACUAACGUUACAAUUUUAGAAGAACUAUUUCAAACUGCUUUCAAUCAAUUUAUCGGUCUUCAAGGUGGAGCUUUCGAAAGCGAUUCGGUUUUAGAUUUAUUAGUUCUUCUUCUCAUAUAUCAGAAAGAAGAAAAUAUAAAAUUAUUUUAUGAUGAUAUUAUAGUACCUAUUAUGAAGAAUGAAAAGAAAAAGUUUAUACCUAAAGAUGAACAAAAAUUUAAAUAUCAACAAAGAAAAUCUUAUGAAAUGCUCAAAAAUAUUUUAGCAGAAGAACGAAAAAAUUGCAAAGAUUUCGUAAAACAUAAUUCAACAACUAUUCAAAAAUUACUUUUGGACACGUUGACAACAAGUUGUUUGAUUUGCCAGGCUUCUAGGCUUAAGUGUUUAAAGUUGUUAAUUGAAACUCGAAAAAGUUUAAGCACAAAUGAUAAACUUAUUGCCAAAACAAUUCCUGAAGCAGUGGUUUCUUUUAGAGAAUUUUCAACAAAACAGGAAAAUAUCUCUUAUGAACUGAUAAAUCUUAUAGGCGGGAAAUUUAAGGAGGCAGAUAAAUUAAACUACUUUGUUGAUAUAAUAUUAGCUGGAUUUGGUGGUGAUCAAGCUCUUAUAUCUAAUACUAUUCUUGCAUUACGUACUGUCAUACACAGUUUUUCCGGCAAUUUAACCAUAAAAACCAUUGAGUUUAUUUUAGAUCAAGUAUUAGUUUUCUUGGUGCAAAAAAGCCGCUUACAAGCAGAAUCAGGUAUAUCAUUUUUGAUAACAUAUAUAAAAGUUUUGCAAUCUCCUUUGAUUGCAAAUCAUUUAGAGAAAAUAAUUAAAUCAUUGUCAUCUAUGGUACCGGAUACAAAACGAUAUUGCCGUUUGCAACUCGGUUAUUUAUUACGAAAAUUAUGUAAAAAAUUUACUGCUGAUGAAAUCAUCAAACUAGUCCCAGGUGACGAUGAACUUACACAUCGAAGAUUGAAAAAAAUUAGAAAAACUUUAAGCAGAGAAAGUCGCCAAAAGUCACAUGAAAAAGACACCGCAGAACAAGAUUCGGAAGAAGAACCAUUCGUAGAAGGACUUGAAAAGAGAGUUUUAACUAUUGACGAUAUUUUAGCAGAAAGUGAAACAGAUUCAAUGGAUGAGGAUGCUGAAAACAAAAAAGGUAAAUCGAGCAAAAAAUCGAAUAGAAACGAGACUUUCAUUCAAGAAGAUCCAGAGGAAAUUGUUGACUUAGCAGAUUUGAAAUAUAUGGGUAACAUUUUAUCAAAUGCUCCUAAGUUGAAUGAUAAAAACCAGAAAAAAGAGAAAAAGAAAGACAGUAAUCGUGGUUUCAAGACUGCCGAAGAUGGUCGCCUUAUUAUAACUGAUAAUCCGAGUGAUUCAAAUGAAAGUGAUAGUGAAGAUAACGAUAUGGAAAUCGAAGGUGUUGAUAAAGCUAAAGGUAAAAGCUUUAUGCAAAAUGAUAGCAGCGAUGAAGAGGAAACUAUUACAAAAUCAAAUCGUAAACGAAAAGCAACUGAAAGUAUGAAAUCUGGUUAUUCAAAUUUAAGUAAAUAUACAGCUGGUGGUAAAGGUAUACAUAGAAAAUUAGAUUCAUUAUCAACUAAAUCAGGUUAUUCUCGUACAUCUACAACAACAGCGAAAUCAACAAUAAGGCAGCCUAAAAUUAAAAAAUUAAAAUCUGAUACAAAGAAUAAAUCGAAACUAGAUCCUUAUACUUAUAUUCCACUAAGUCGAAAUUUAUUAAAUAAAAGAAAUAAAAAAAAACAUUCAGGACAAUUUAAAAGCAUUGUAAAAGGUAGUCGCAAGACAAUAAUGAAAAAGAAAGUUAAAAGAAUGAAAUAAAUAAUAUUUAAAAAAAAAUUAAGUUUCAAACUUUUCUAAAAACAAAAAAAUACUGAUAUACAUAUUAUUGUUAAAAAUAAAAUGA